AUGUCCGAAACGUGGUUAAAUAGUACAGUUACGAAUGGUGAAUUUGCAAAUGAUGAUUAUAAAAUUUACAGACUUGAUAAAUUACAUAAGAAAGGUGGAGGUGUGUGCGCAUUUGUCAAAAAAGCCUUAAAAGUAACCAUAUUAAACGAACUAACAUAUACAGCAGAAUCAAACUUUCAACAACUUUGGAUCAAGCUUCAAAAUAAGAAAAGGAAGACAAUAAUAAUUUGCGUGACUUAUAGACCUCAGGACUGCCCCCUCAAUUGCAUUCAGGAUGAUUUUAGACAAAAUUAUGUUCGGGCAUUAUCUAUGAAUAAACCAAUUUUUAUUCUUGGUGACUUGAACUGUAACUUACUUAAAGAUUGCCCAGAGAAAAGAGCUAUUACAGAACUUUGCAAUGAUUUAAAUCUUAAGCAAAUAAUCAAGGAACCAACGAGGAUUAGAGACACGUCCCAAUCACUCAUCGAUGUUAUACUAGUUUCUACCGAAGCUGUAGUCCUUGAAAGCGGAGUAUUAGAUUCUGCAAUCAGCGAUCAUUUUCCAACUUACGUAUCAGCGAAACUGAAUGUUCCAAAGACUACUUACAUCACGGUGAGAAGUUAUAAAAAUUAUGAUCCCACAGCUUUCUCUUCUGAUCUGGCUACGAAAUCUGAUCGUCUUUUAUCUAUAUUUACUGAAACAGAUGUAACUACUAAAACUGAAGUCCUUAAGGAUGUUCUUCAGUCAACCUUGGAUUUACAUGCACCAAUUAAAACAAUCAGAAGUAGGAGCCGCGCCAACACAUUCGUUACGCGCGACACGAAAGAACUCAUGAAAUCUCGAGACAAACUACAUCAGAGAUUACUUAAAACACGUUGCAAGCGGGAUUGGGAAAUGUACGCAGGAUCUCGUAACAAAGUUAAAGUUAUGCUUAAGGAGGCAGCAAUAAACCAUCUAUCUGACGAAGUUAAAGUCCGUAAGAAUAAUCCAGGUUCUCUCUGGAAAAUAAUUAAUAAAACUAUACCUGUAAAAGAGAAGGAAAAACAUAUCUACACGAAAGACCUCAAGUCGAUUGUUGAAGAUUUUAAUAACUACUUCACCUCAGUUGGAAAAAUCACCGCCGCUACAGCAUUAGAUCUGGCAAACAAAAACAACAUUGCAUUAUCGGAUCCUAUGUUGAACUCUGAAAUCUACCCCACGAAUCAACAGUUUAAAUUUAAACCUGUUACUUGUUCAGUAAUUCGACGAAUUAUUAUGGCAAUGCCCAGAAACAAAUCACCGGGGCCGGAUAAGAUCAGCAUAGGUGUUAUUAAAGAUUGUCUAGCAGUCAUUCCGGGCCCCCUUACGAACCUAAUUAACAGUUCCUUAGCGUUAGGUAAGUUUCCAGAUAAGUGGAAACUAUCUGAAGUAAUACCAUUGCAUAAAGAUGGCGAUCAAGAGAUACCGUCUAAUAAUCGACCCCUUUCACUUUUAGAAGUUUUAUCAAAGGUCUGUGAAAGAGUUUCACUCGACCAAUUUAGUUCAUACAUAACAGAAAACCAACGUUUAUCACCACAUCAAAAUGGAAAUAGGAAACACCACUCUACAGAAACUUUAAACAUCUUCAUUACGGACAAGAUGCUGGAAGCCAUGGACAAAAAACAUGUAACAGCCCUCAUUUUAUUGGACCUGUCCAAGGUCUUUAACAGCAUCAAUCAUACAAUCCUAUUGCAUAAGUUAAAAUGCGUAGGAGCGUCUCCGCUAGCCAUUCAAUGGUUUGAAAGCUAUCUGUCGGGCAGAUCACAAUACGUACGAAUAGGAUCUACUGUUUGCUCAACUAGCGCACUAACCCAUGGAGUGCCCCAGGGCUCUAUUCUUUGACCAUUUUUGUUUUGAAUUGACGUUAAUGAUCUACCAGCUGGAAAGGUUUCAAGUGAUCUCGACUCCUACGUUGACGAUUCAAAACUCCAUCUUGCAUUUCUUGUGGAAGACAUACAACAGACAAUAGCUAAGCUAGAAAACGAUCUGUAUAAAACCGCUAAAUGGUGCUUGGAACAUCAAUUAUUAAUCAAUCCUGACAAGACCAAAUUCCUCUUAGUAGGCACAAGAUCAAUGCUACAGAAUUUACCAACACAAAUCAAGCUGAACUUUCUCGGAAAAACUCUUAAACCAGUUUCAGUUGUCAAAGACUUGGGGAUGCACCUUGAUUUACAUCACUCCUAUGAUGACCAUAUUUCUAAACCGUCGUUAACGUGCAUAAACAAAUCAUGUCAAAUUAGUCGAGUAAAGGAGAGCAUUGAUAAAAAAACUUUAAUAUUACUUAUUGAAGCUUUGGUGAUUAACAAGUUGUUAUAUAGUUAUUCUGUGUGGGCUAAUACCUCAUCGAAAAAUCUAAAGAAAUGGCAAACAGUCCAGAACUUCGCAUGCCGAAUUAUCACGAGUUGA